AUGACGGAGGCGGACGUCAGCAAGGCGCAGGAGUUGGAGGCCGUGGGCGCGGCGUUGUUGGGUCGGAUGUAUGCGUCGGCGAGUGUGCGCGGAGGCGGUUGGUUUCGCGGCGUACGUUUUCGAUGGAACCAUUACCGGUAUGUGUGGCGCGUGUGUCUGUACUAUGGGUUGGUGUGUAUAUUUUGUUUGGCUCAACUGGCGCCGACUUGGCUGUUCUACUUUUACGCGCGUCGUGUGAAGUGCGUGUCAUACGAGCGGUGCGGUUGGUUCAAGAACUACGAGUGUGGGAAGCGCGUGUUCUACACACUCGUCUACCUGUUGCUGGCGCUUUCCUGGAUUCUGUUGGUGAUCAGCGUCCUGUGUCUGCUGCAGUAUUUCACUUUGCGGCUCUUCCUGCAUCACAGCCAGCACGACCUGGUCAAGUUCCGUUCCAAGUACAAGGGGUGGCUGAGCAAGAUCAUUGUGUAUGCACCCUGGAUCCUCGGUUUCAUCAACCUCCUCUGGGUGCUCGUGGUUGCCGUGAUCGUGCUAGUCCUACUCAUCCACCCGAGCAGUUCGAGCGCCGAUGUCACGACGCAGAAUCUGGCGCUCGCCCGCACCCGGAAUGGCACGGAGCGGUUCUGGAAUCCGUCCGGGCUUCUGGCAGGAACGGGCGCGUUGGAUGAGCCCGAGCUGGACGACGAGCUGAACCUGUACCGCCGCCGGCGGCUUCCGGAAAAACACCGGGACCGCCUCCUGGGCAGUGUAUCAAACUUGAUUUACGGCGGCUCAGCAGGUUCAUACAAGGGCGGGUGUUCCAAACGUCUGUCCGCGCAAGGUCUGCAAGCCGUUUUGAACUGUCGUAUCUACUUCGAGAAGUGCUGUUCCAAGUCUUCCUGUCCGGAGCUGAGUGUGCCGCCACGUGAGAAGUACUCUUGCAACUCGUUGCCCUUUUUGAGCAGCCACGGCUUUCUGGACGAGCCGCUGCCCUACGCGCGCCUGGUGGACGUCUGCGACCUGGUUACGCAGCCGGUCUCCUCCGAAGUCGCGCUCAGUUACUGCGACACCGCACAGUACACCAUCGAGGAGUGCUUUAUCAGUCACACCGGUUACAGCGACCUGCACAAGGUGUACAUCAUCAUCGUCGGAUUCAGCGGGUUCGUAUUCGUCGUCUCUACGGCACUGCUGCCCAUCAUCAAGGACAUCACUCCUUUGUUAGGGACAUCACUCCUCUGGGACAUCACUCCUCUGGAGUCCUUUUUCUUCCAAGUGCCGGAGUCUUUCGAGGCGUGGCCGAUUCGUUUCAUCCGGAAGAUGUUUACGCCUUGGAGUUAG